AUGGAGUCAAUUAAUUUUACUUUGAUCAUUAGUAAUGCCAAUGAACAUACCUUGGCUAGUUAUGGCAAGAUCAAUUCAUCUGAAGUUCAUCGAAUUACAUUAACAAACAUGUCUUGGAUACCAGGAAAUAUGUUUGUUUUGAUUAAUGAAACAAUGCGACAACGUUUAAAUUUAAAUUUUUGUAAGACAUUACCUUCACAACAUUUACAUCCGAGAAUCAACAACAUCAUCCCGUCUGAUGAUCCCUAUCGGUUAUGUGAAAAUGUUUAUUUAUCAGUUGAUCUCGAUACAUACAGACUUCGAUCAAUUGCUUAUCCUGUUCUUGUUCCUGAUCUAUCGGUUGAUUUUAUAUUAGGUACACUAUUUUUUUAUGAGUUAAAUCUAAAGUGGAGCGCGAGCUUAAAACGUCUAAUCACUCGUAGUGAAGAGGAAGAAGAAGCUCGUCGGCAAACUUAUCGAAGAAUUUUAUAA